AGGAAGUGGGUUCUUGUCCUCGUGCGGUUGUUUUGGUGUAGUCCGCAGCGCUGGGUGUGUGAGUGUGUAAAUGAAGGUUAAAACAGGGUUCCAGCAAUGACAGCGGUGAACUUGUCGUUUGCUGCCUGUGGCUUUAUGGGAAUCUACCAGCUCGGAGCUGUGGGAGCGCUCCUGAGACACGGAGACAGGCUGCUGGCCUCUCUGAGAGCGUGUGCAGGGGCUUCAGCCGGAGCUUUGGUCGCCACUGUAGUCGUCACGGCCCCUGAGAAGCUGGAGCACUGUAAAGAGUUCACCUACAGGUUUGCUAGUAACGUCAGAAGACAGACGUUUGGUGCGGUGACCCCAGGAUACGACUUCAUGCUGGAGCUCAGAGACGGCAUCGAAGACAUCCUCCCCGCCAAUGCCCACCUGUUAGCCAAUGAACGCCUCCACAUUUCCAUAACCAACUCCAAGAUGGGCAAGAACAACAUGGUGUCCAGCUUCACCUCCAGAGACGAGCUCAUUAAGGUCCUUUUGGCCAGCAGCUUCGUGCCCGUUUAUGCUGGAAUGAAGCCAGUGGAAUUCCAAGGCCAGAAAUGGAUAGACGGGGGUUUUACUGACAGUCUUCCAAUCCUUCCUGUGGGACGUACCAUCACAGUGUCCCCGUUCAGUGGACCACAGGACAUCUGCCCGCGUCACGCCGGCCGCAGGAAGUUACACCUCAGACUGGCUAAUAUGAACAUUAUAUUUUCUAAGGAUAAUAUUGUGAGACUGAACCAGGCCCUGUUUCCUCCGCCGCUGUCCAGACUGCAAGCAAUACACCAGGAAGGCUACGAGGACGCUCUGCGCUUUCUGAGAACUGAAGGCUGGAUUCAGUAAUAAGCCUUAUUCCUGAAGUGUCUUAUUUUAGGGUUUUUAACUCAUCUGAGAAAAAAAGCAUUUUUAAUAAGGAUUUUAUAAAAUGUUCAUCAGAACAUGUUUUGUUUUAAAGGGGCUGUGAUUGAAACAGUAAAUUAUUAUUAUUAUUAUUAUUAUUAUUAUUAUUAUUUAUUCUGAAUUGAAAAAGCCGGUGUAAAUGUUUUAAAAUAAAAUAUUAUUUAUAUAUAUAUAUAUAUAUAUAUAUAUAUAUAUAUAUAUACACUUCUUAUAUAUUGGAAACUGACUGGAUGUUCUGGUCAUUUGGUUUAGCCAAAAGUUCUGCCGUAACUCAAAUGCUUUGUAAUCGAUUUACCAAGACAGAUUUGGCCUGAAGUGUGAUUUACACCACUAAUAUUAAUAUAAACUAAUCUAAUGCUGAUAUUUCUUAAAAAAAAAAAAAAAACUCUUAAAAACUGAAUUGCAUGAAGCAAUAUGCUUAAAGAAAAGAUUUAUAGUUUAAGCAGUUAAAGUAAUGCUGUUGUUUUUGUUCUUAAAGGAGAACUCCAGUGUGAAAUAGACUUUAUGUGUAGUAAAAC